AGGGACAGUGACAGUGACAGGGUGACCUUUAUAUCAAUUUUCCUGUCAAUUUCAAUGUUUUCCAUUUUUAAAACAUCCACAUUCACAUUAACUUCUUCGAGAUUAUUAAACACUCAAUUUGAGAUUAAAACUAGCAGCUAUCAGAUCAGAAAGCUACCCAUCGGAAAUAUCAGAUCUCUUCAUACAACUGGAACCAUGUCAAAAUCUGCUCUCGUAAUCCUAGCCCAGGGCGCUGAAGAGAUGGAGACUGUCAUUACCGUUGAUAUGCUUCGUAGAGGAGGGGUAACGGUAACAUUGGCAGGCCUGGACAGUAAUGCUCCUGUCUUGUGUUCCCGUCAGGUGACUCUUGUGCCAGACAAGUCUUUAACUGAUGCAUUGGCUGAGAACCCACAGUUUGAUGCUGUGAUACUGCCAGGCGGUUUAGAAGGCUCUGAUCGUCUUUCUAAGUCGAGUAUUGUUGGCACUCUUUUGAAGGACCAUGAGAAAAAUGGUAGAAUUGUAGCUGCAAUUUGUGCUGCUCCAACAGCAUUUGUAGCCCAUGGGAUUGCUAAAGGAAAGAAAUUAACAUCAUACCCAACAACUAAAGACAAAAUCACUGGAGAUUAUACUUAUGUUGAGGGUGAAAGGGUUGUUGUGGAUGACAACAUUGUCACCAGCAGAGGUCCUGGUACUGCUUACUGGUUUGGAUUGAAACUGAUCGAAAUGUUAACCGGGAAGGAAAAGGCUGAUCAAGUUGAAAAGGGCAUGAUCAUUUCUGGAUAUUAAUUACACCCAUGACUUUAUUAAUACUCUGGUCUUAAAGCUUUUUCUUUUUAAAAGUAAUUACAUAUUGUAACAACCCGAAGACAUGUAAUAAUUAUUAUCAAUAAUCGUGUAAAUGUAAUAAAUAGUCCAAUAGUAUAUGCCUUAUUCGAAUAAUAAUUUUAAGUUGAAUGUUUAGUGCAUUUGAAAAAUGUCACGGAUUUGUUAAUUCUAAUAAAUUAUUUCCUAUCA